AUGAUCCGGAACUCUGGGAGGAAACGUAUACCGCGUCGGCAUCGGGCCACGUUUUUUUGGGGGGCGGAGUGGGGGGUGACUCCUGUAGCGUCCGUCCGACAACCUCAUUCACACAUGAAGAGCCCGAACCCGAAAAGAACAGACACGUUGAACUGUAAAGAGUCACAUGAUUUACACGAUGUAGGACUGAGGGGGGUUGGAAUCAAGUGUGCAGCUUGGAGACACUGUGAGGGGCUGCAGGGUGGGCUCUCCCGAGGUCUUGAAGUGCUCCUCUGCGGUCUCAGCCAUGAGGUCCAGACCUGCGUCCCCUGUCAGUGCAGGAGAGCUGAGUUUCAGCCGGGGGCUCUGCCCACGCUCCGGUCAGAUCUGCAGGGUCCGCUUCCUCACACGGAUCACCCAGACCGGCCGUGCCCACUGGACCGCAGUGGACCGUGGACUGUGCGUGUCUCGGAGUGGGCCUCCUCUCAUUUAGGAUUCUCGUCUCUCGUCACACUGCUGUUCAAAUGGGAACCCAUGUCUGGACUCAUGUCUUCGUGCUCCGGGCAGCUGUCCCACUAA